CAGCGUGACACAUGUCAUGUCACGACUCAUGGACGACGAAAAAUGGAUUGGAGGAAAAUCCGCACGCGAAUUCGUUAAAUUCAUUUUGUGUCUCUGACAGAGCAGUCAUCGUUGGCGCAGGUGUUAUAAUAAACAGUGAAAUAAGUAUUUCAUUUGCUAUCUUAUAGUCGUAUUGUGUAAAACAAUGACUAAGCCCCGUCCGUGUGGUUGCAAAGGCUGCAGAACUUGUUUGGUUUGCGAGACACAAUAUGGAGCUGAAAACUUAAAAUUGCAGCUGGAACUGGAUAAAAGUAAAAGUUAUGUUUAUUGUCCGUUCUGUAACAAAGCGUGGCGGGGCUGGGACGUGGACUCUUACAAGCAGCACCCUAACCACGAAGGAGAUUCAAUAGACUACCCAGGAGUGUACAUACAGCCGGAUUUCAUCUCGGAAGAAGAAGAACGGGUAUUAAUGAAAAACAUCGAUGAAAUGCCAUGGGACAUAUCUCAGAGCGGCAGAAGGAAGCAAAAUUUCGGUCCAAAGACUAACUUUAAAAAGAAAAAAGUAGCUGUUGGUAAAUUCGAGGGAUUUCCAGAAUUUUCGAAGUAUUUGCAGGAGAGAUUCGAGAGUAUUAGUUUGUUGAAGAAUUAUUAUGUGAUUGAGCAGUGUUCUUUAGAGUAUGAUCCUAGUAAGGGAGCUUCUAUUGACCCUCAUAUUGAUGACUGUUGGAUAUGGGGGGAAAGAAUUGUGACUGUCAAUUGUUUGUCUGACUCUGUGCUCACAAUGACCUCAUACAGGGGAGAUACAAAGAAGUAUAACUUGUAUUGUGCUGAACAAUAUGGCCCAGUAGUAAACAAAGACGGUAGUAUCAUAACAGAUGGUAAAAUGGAUCAGUCCAUGUUGGAGUCUUGCAAAUCUGAGCUUGAUGAUGACAUUAUAAUUAGAAUCCCUAUGCCAAGGAGAUCAUUACUCAUCAUUUACGGGGAGCCCAGAUACCACUGGGAACACUGCGUUCUUCGUGAAGACAUCACAUCAAGAAGAGUAUGCAUUGCAUACCGGGAAUUCACACCACCAUACUUAACUGGGGACCAACAAGAGAUUGGUAACACCAUUAGAGAAAUUGGUAAAACAUUCUUCGAUCACAAAGGUAAAAAGUAUGAAACGGAAAAAGAAGUUACCAAUGCCCAUGAAGGUUUAGUAAACGGUAUAAAAUCUAUUGAAAUGAGUAUAUCACCACUAAUUGAAGUAAACAAAAAGGUAGAAAACCAAAUAGCUUAGACUUAGAGCUCUAUGGAAACUAGUAUUUUUAUACAACUUCUAUAUGAUGGGAACAUUUUUUUUAUUUAAUUAGGUAUUUAUUGUUUUAUUUGGUAUUUAAUUAAAAUUUGUAAUUAGUUUGUAAUAGCUGUGUUUAACGCCACUAGCUACAUACGGUCUUAGAUUUUAGGUUUCUCGCUAGUAUUAAUUUACACACUUAAAUUAAAAUUGUAUAGUUUAUAUAAUGCUAAAUACAGUAAGUAGGUUCACAUAAAAAUAUUGAAUCAUCCAAGUGAAAAACUUGCUUAAUUUCAAAUCUUGUCUUUAGUUAACAGAGAAAUUCCUGCAAUUUUUCAAUGAAACAUUGAACAUUGAUCAGAGUUAGAUAUUCAACUAGGAUCACUACUAGAAAUAGUAAGGGCCGAUAGAAUGGAAUUUUGAUCUCUGAUAUUAAUUUUUAUAAAAGUAAACUUAAAAAUCUACCCUCUACUGUCUGACCUUGGUAGACUUUUGAUAACCAAGGAUAAUCGGGUCUGAUACGCAGUUGCUCCUUGUGAAACACUGGUACUCAGCUACAUCCGGUUCGACUGGAAGCCGACAAGCCAAGCCUCUGGAGAUAAUAAUGAUGAUUUUUCUUUACUGCUAAAAAAUAAGCAGAACUGUGAUUAUUAAAACUUGGUCAUGGCUGAACGCAGCCCGCAUAUAUAUUGCACAAUUAAUUCUGCUACCAUUGUUGCAAAACAUAUUUCAAAGAUUAUAAACAAUCGGGACUCAAAUGCGAUGUUGUGUAUGAAGAUUUUUCUUUACCUUUUUUUCGCGAAAGUUUAAAAACCUUUAUAUUUCAAAGAAUUAAUUUUAGUGGUGAUGGAUUUUUUUACCAAAUUAUAAGUAUUCUUAUUUUUCCUUUAUUAUCUUUAUUGUGAUUGCUAUUUAUACAUUGCAGAUACAUACUAAUUAUGUCUUGUUAUUUAUUGAGCAAAAUACUAUUGUUUGGUCUUUAAUUGGAAUGACUUUAUCUAAAUACAAUUUAUUCAAGUACCUACUUUAAAUGCAUUACAAAGCGAAAUAAUGUGGUUCAAUAUUAUUCUUAAUAAAUUAUCAUAUACUGAGAAAGACAGAGCCAUUAGGUCCAUAUUACUUUUCCAAGCCACACAGUAAAAAAAAUAUAUUUGAUUUAAAACAUUCAAAUUAAUGUAACUAUGAAUAAGAAACUAUGGAUUCAUUUAUUGUGUAUUACCUAUUCUUAUAAAAUUAUAUUCCUGAAGCCUAAGUAGGCGAUUUUGUUCUGAAAUAUGUUACCAAAUUCUAGUUAAAUAUAUACUGUGCUUUCAUAUAAGAUUGUGAAACGCUAAUUUAAACAUAGGUAUGUGUGAUACUACUGUUAAAAAUAAAUCUAUUUUAACACUGGAGCAGAAAUAAAGGCCCAUAUUACUUUUCACUAGAAAUACGGCAAAUAAUUUUUAGUUUAACUUAUAUGUGAAAAUAAAUUAUGUUCACGCAUGGAAAAGGAUGAUGGGUAAAAUUGGCCGGUAUAUCCAAUGAAAACCAUUUGCAUAUCAAAUGAUAGCUUAUACCCUAAGCUUCAUUUUUUGUUAUGGGCACAACCUUGUAAACCACCGGAGAACGAAGAUAUAACACCUGAUAGCAUAGGACAGCCCAUGGACUUGAACCACCUCAGUGCGUAUGGGAGGGAUGUUUAAGUGCAUUAUUAUUGUCAAUAAUUGUCAGAACGAGUCACAGAAGGUAUCUGUGCCCAUAUUUUCCAAGUUUAUUGAAAAAAAAAAGAUUAUUUAGCAGGUAGUAUUUACAACGUAUGGUGUACGUAUUCCGCCGUUCUGGUGAGUCUAACCGGUAAAUCCAAUAAAAACCAUUCGCAUAUCAAAUGAUAGCUUAUACCCUAAGCUUCAUUUUUUGUUAUGGCCAAAACCUUGUAAACCACCGGAGAACGAAGAUAUAACACCUGAUAGCAUAGGACAGCCCAUGGACUUGAACCACCUCAGUGCGUAUGGGAGGGAUGUUUAAGUGCAUUAUAUUAUUGUCCAAUGUCCAUAUUAGUCAGAACAUAUCACACGAGGAAAUGCUAUCUCCAAUAAUGGAAAUAAUACGCGGUGGUAGAAGUAAAAGUUUUUAUGUUUUUUUGUUUUGCUAUUAAAACAAUUAUGCCUAGUUAAGACCAAUUUUAAUUGAUAAUCUACCCUAGGCUUAUUUAAAUAAGUGAUAAGUUGACGAAAAUACAUCAUGCAAUGAAUUUUUCUACUAUGGAUAUUAUUUUAACAAAAAAAAAUGGUGCAAAAAGUAUAACUCUUUUGUGCCCGACUGUACUUAUUUCCGGUCGAUUCUUGACAUGAACUGUAUUAUUUCAGUAACUGUAGGGUAUAAGCAAUAAUCUAAUUCACAUUAGAACUUUAUUGGUUAUCAGGCCAGGGUUCAUACAAAAUUGCCCAUCAUCCUUUGUUCUAUAAAAUUCCCAGUAUUAAAUACACCCAGUGUUAUAUAAAAGUUCCAUUUGUACUUAUAAUUUUAUUCUUAAUUUUUAUUAUAAUCAGCAACUGUAAUCAAGUCAUUAGUUUGCAAUCUAGCAAUAAAAAUUGUUGAUAAGUGUGUAACAAUAGGUACUUCCUUUUAUAAUUAUAUAUAGUUACGCAAGUAAUUUUUAAGUUACUUAUCAAUAUUGUUCAACUACGUAAAUGUGAUCUUUAUCCAAACUUGAAACUUGCAUUCUUCGUAAAACUUUAAAUUUUGUGCUUGCUGUCUGUUUGGAAUUUUACCAAUGAAAACAAAAAUAUAAAUAAACUCAUCAUCACGAUAAAUUAACAAAAAAAAUUAUUUUCAGUUUUUUUCAAUGACCGGUUACAUAAUCUGUAGGUAUAAAAAGAUCCCAGUUUGUAAUACUUUUAUUUUAAUGUUCCUAUAUUUAGGUGUGUUUUGUGGAUGGUAAAAUAGGAUUUUUAAAUAAAUGCCAAAUACUGCAGUCCAA